CUGGCGAGUGUGUGUCUGUGUCAGCAUUUCGGCAAAAAAAUCAAAGCGAAGAAACUCCUCAAAAAUCACUAUCCGGAAAAGAAAUAAGCCAGAUGCUUUGUUUCGGUUCUCAGUGAUGGAGUCUCAAACCCUAAAGAUCAGAGCUCAACCUCAACUCUCCACCAAGUUCAACCGCCGGGGUUCUUUUUACCAUGAUGGGACUCUCCAUUUUUGGGUGAUUCUGUUGUGUGCCCUUUUCUGCUUCGCUGCAUGUGGACCAUGUUCCAUGAAUGGGUUGCAGAAUUCAGCAGGAUAUGAUUCAUGUGGAUCCUACAGUGAUAAUUAUAAUGCAGGGUUUCAAGAAGUAUUUUCUGGUGAUGUUAGUUCUGAAUUUGUAUAUGGAAAGCCGGUGCCUCUCAGUCUUGACAGUGUAUGUACCAAUUCAGAUUUUUUCUGCUUUCCUUCAACAUUGUCAGGCUUUUUGCCUGAAUAUCCUAAUGAUAAAUCAUCUGUUCUGGAAGUUUCGAGGGUUCAGUCUGAUGCUACAUUAUCUGUGCAGUCAACUCCAGCAAGAAAUAACUUAAGCUGGUCAUCAAAUUGUGGUAUUUUUAAGUUGUUGAGUGGAAGGGUUGUUUCUUGCUCUUUGAACUUCCAAGAGGAUAUCCAUGACAUGUCAUGUCUUUGGACCCACGUGGUUGAGCGAAAUGAUGUAUCUUCCUGUAGAGGACCCUUACUUGACCAAAGUACUGCAAAAUAUAAGCCAAGUGAGAACUCUGAGACAGUAAAAUCUGUGUUUUUAGAUGGUUCUUCGUCUCCCCAUGUAGAGAUAAGCCCUCCUCUGCUGGACUGGGGACAAAAGGAUUUAUAUUUCCCUUCCGUGGCUUUUCUAACAGUGGCAAAUACUCAUAGUGAUAACAUUUUGAAGGUCUUUGAACCUUACAGUACGAAUUCACAGUUUUAUCCUUGCAAUUUUAGUGAAAUGAUGCUGGGCCCUGCUGAAGUGGCUUCACUUUGUUUUGUGUUUUUACCUACAUCGUUCGGCUUGUCAUCAGGUCACCUAGUUUUGCAGACAAGCUCAGGUGGUUUCCUGGUCCAGGCUAAAGGCUUUGCUGUUGAAUCUCCUUAUGGGAUACUGCCCUUAAUCAGCUUUGAUGUUUCCUCCAGUGGAAGGUGGAGUAGGAAUUUGUCUUUGUUUAAUCCUUUCAAUGAAACCCUCUAUGUGGAGGAAAUAACUGCCUGGAUAUCGGUUUCUUCAGGGGAUACUUUCCAGUCAACAAAAGCCAUAUGUCAUAUUCAUAAUUUUGAGAGUGCCCCUGAUCCUAGCCUGCUGGCCACUGAAGAGUGGUUAGAUAUCAGAAGUGACCAACUUGGUCUACCACUAAUGGCAAUGAGGCCCCAUAGCAGUUGGGAGGUUGCUCCUCACAGUAGUGAAACCAUCAUCGAGUUAGACUUCCUGUAUCAUUCUGAAGGAAAAAUUUCUGGUGCUUUUUGCAUGCAGUUGUUGAGAUCUUCAAAAGAUAAGGUUGACACAGUUAUGGUCCCUCUUGAAGCAGAACUGAUUGAGAAUUCAGCAUAUGAUGAUCUUACAAGUCCUGUUUCAGCAUCUCUUGAGGUUCUGGCGCCAUGUGAUGCCAAUGAAACUGUGGUUGUUGCUCUGUUAUUGAGAAACAGAACUCCAUACCUGUUGAGUGUUGUCAAGAUUAGUGAAAUUGGGGGAAGAACAGAGCCUUUGCUAAUUAAAUACAUGGAAGGCCUAAUUCUUUUCCCCCACUCUGUCACCCAAGUAGCUGUAGUGACUUACACUCCCCCUACCAUUCAGUUAUAUGAUCCUCCAUCUGAAAUUUCCAAUGAAAACAUGAAUUGUAAAGUACUUAUACUGACAAAUGACACAAGGAAUGCUCAAUUUGAAAUUCCUUGUGAUGAUAUAUUCAGAAUUUGUUCAGCAUAUCAAUUACAUUCUCAUGUUGGAUAUGACCAUCACUAUGAAAAGGAAGAAUAUGCCAACGCUAGAUCACGCUCUUUUAGCAGCAGCAUGCAGUCACCAUCACAGAUCAAGCUGAAGGCAUUGGAGAUGGCAGAAGCAGACGAAUUGGUACUAGGAAACUGGAAAUCUCAAGGUACCACAAUUGGCAUGUCUGUGCUUGAUGAUCAUGAGCUACUGUUUCCAAUGGUUCAGGUCGGAGAUCAUUGCUCUAAGUGGAUCACUGUCAAAAACCCAAGUGAACAACCAGUUGUAAUGCAGGUCAUUUUGAAUUCGGGGCAAAUUGUUGAUGAAUGUAGGACCUUAGAUAAGCUUUCUCUGCUUUCUUUGUCCCGUAGUUGGGUUCAUAAUAAACACGCUACCCCGACAAAGUAUGGUUUCUCGAUGGCCGAGAGUGCGCUAACUGAGGCCUAUGUCCAUCCUCUUGGUAGAGCAUCUUUUGGGCCAAUUUUCUUUCACCCCUCGGAUCGAUGUGGAUGGAAAAGUUCAGUUCUGAUAAGGAAUAAUCUUUCUGGUGUUGAGUGGUUAUCUCUGCGAGGAUUUGGUGGGUCACUUUCCCUAGUUUUGCUCGAGGGUUCUGAGCCUGUAAAGAAUCUAGAAUUUAGGUUCAACAUGCCCAGUCUUAAUUCCUCUCCUCCAGACAUGUUACACCACGUGGAUGAUGACACUCGUGCUUGUUCUCAGCCAUUGUCAAAAGAGCUGUAUGCAAAGAACACAGGAGACUUGCCACUGCAGGUCAGUAAAAUCGAAGUUUCUGGGACAGAAUGUGGAAUGGAUGGGUUUAGAGUACAUGCUUGUAAAGGUUUUGCUCUUGAACCUGGGGAGUCCAUAAAGCUCCUAAUAUCAUUUCAGGCAGAUUUUUCGGCAGCUGUGGUGCAGAGAGAUCUCGAAUUGGCCUUGGCAACUGGUAUUUUUGUGAUACCCAUGAAAGCAAGUCUCCCUGCACAUAUGCUGAAUUUCUGUGAAAAAUCAAUGUUCUGGAUGCGAGUGAAGAAACUUUCUGUCGCAAUCCUCUUUGCUGCUUCCAUAAUGUUUCUGGUAUUUUGUUGCAUCCUUCCCCAAGUGAUGAACUUUGGCUCCCUAGAUUACUCGUUCAAGAGUGGGAAAAGCCCUAUCCCCACUCUAAGGCAUGCAGGAAAAUCUUAUCCUGUCCAUAAUAAUCAGAAAAGAAAUAAGUUUGCCAUGCCCUCUAAAAUGGAUGGUUUGUCAAGUUCAAUUGGGGAAGAGGAGACCAUAAUGCAGGAAUCUGCUGGUAGGUGUCCUGAUGGUCAAGGUGCUACCCCAGAACAGCAUAUGACUGCUCAAGCCGUAAAUCCAACUCUGGGAUAUCAAUGCCAAAGUAGCUUUUUGUCAGAUGCUCAAAAGGAAAUGGCAAUGCAGUCAUCUUUACUGCCAGAUUCUGUCUGGGUUGAGAGCUCUGAUAUUCAGGAAGCAUCAGAACCUGGAAACCUCACUGUUAAAAUCAGAAAAGAGAAAGGAAGACGGCGAAGGAAGAAAAAGGGUUGCAGCACAGGACUGACAGUACAGUUUGAGGUUUCGAGUAGUCAAAGUGGUAAUUCUACACCUUCACCACCCUUAUCCCCUGUCUCAUCUCUCACGCCCAAAAGAUCAUGGUCACUAUCUCCUGAUGUGGAUCAUUCUGUUGAGGCCAGGAAUCCAUUUGCCAAAGUGACUGAUAGACAUUGUGAGAAGAGUUCAGGCACUGAGUUUGUCUCUAAAGCAAACAAUUUGGAGCCUGAGGCUUCUGUGAAGUAUGGCAGUAACAAUUGGUUUUUUCCUAAUCAACAGAAGCCUUCUGCACCAAGAAAAACAGCUAGCAAACCUGUUCUUUUGUCUUCUGCAACCUUCCCAUCCACUUCUAGGCCUGCCUCCAAUUUGACGUGCCCUUCUCCUUUAUUGGCUUCAACAUCAACAAUUGCACAACAUGUGCGGGCUCCUGGAUCAAAACAUUAUGAUCAGAAAACAGUAAACAGAGAGGAAAAGAAAGGGUGUAAGGAUGAAUUCAAAUAUGAUAUCUGGGGUGACCAUCUUUUUGGACUUCGUCCAACCGGUAGGUCAACGCAAGUCUUUGCUAUGUCACCCCUUGCUGCAGAGAGUAAGUCUGAUAGCUUCUUUGUAAGGGGCCCACAAACCCUUGUGACAAACUCUCAAACAAACUCUGUAAGUUAUUCUCAUCAAGAGGGUUAAUGAAGAAUUACUAAGUAAUUUUUAUAAUUACAUGCACCUCCACAUCUUGUCUUAGUGAUUUUCACAGUUUUCUCUGUUAGUCAAAAGCAAACAAAUAUGUACAUAGACUAAAUUCAUAUUUUUGAUUUUGAAACAUCUCAACCUUCUUUUUUCUUUUUCUUUUUUAACUUAGGUUGACAGAUCAAAGAAAUAUUUUAUCUAGUACAAUCUUCUUACAAUCUCAAAGCUUUCAAAACAAGAUUUUGUUUCUUCACUCUUAGUUUUUCUUUCACAAGUCUUGCUGACAACAGCAUAAUGGGUGCUUAAUUUUUGUCUUAAAUCGCGUACUAAUUUUUUUCAUACUUUGUUUUCUAUUUCUGUUAAUGAUUUUGAUCUGCAUUCUGUUCCACUCAAUACUUUAUCUCCCAUUUUGUUGAUGAUAAAACAUUUGCA